GAAACGCGAUCGGUCAAUUUGCUUUAAUUUCAAAAUGUUUUUGAAAAUAAUAACGAUUCUAGUAAUUUCAUUGUGUUCGAGUAUUAAAGCGGAUUUUCCUGAUGAUCCUAAACCUUGUAAAUAUGAGGAUUCGGAAUGUAUUAUAGAAAUAAUUAAUUCAUUAUUUAAGGAUAAAUUAGAUGGCGAUGACUCAAUAAAUUUGCAAUCACUUAAUCCAUUGAAAGCUACUACUGUUAAUAUACAUCAGGGUAAAGAAAGUCCUGUUAGUUUGGAUUUGGUAUUGAAAAAUAACCUUAUGUAUGGAUUUGAAAAGCUCAAGGCAAUUAAAAUCAAGGGCUUCGGCAAAAAUUUAACUGGUAAACAUAGCAUUAUGUUACAUUCCGAUUAUAUGAGCGUAGUUGGUGAUUAUGAUAUUGAUGGUAAAAUUUUGAUAUUACCCAUUAAGGGUACGGGUAAAUCAAAUAUAACAAUGGUUGAUGUUGAAAUUUUUAUGAAUUUUGUGGGAACACCGAUGGAAAAAGAUGGUGCCACAUAUAUGUAUAUUGAGGAAAUGAAUUCGAAUGCUGAACCCAAGGGCAUGAUAUAUAAGGUGGAAAAUCUAUUUAAUGGCGAUAAAGCUUUGGGUGAUAAUAUGAAUUUGUUUUUAAACGAAAAUUGGCAAGAAAUUUAUGCCGAAGUACGUGUUUCGAUAUGCAAGGCAUUUGGUGAUAUUUUUAAGGAUGUUAUUAAUGACGUUUUCAGUAAAUAUCCUUAUGAUAAAUAUUUUAUUGAAUAAAGUAACUACAUAUUAAUAUUAUAACAUUUGAGUAAAAUACAUAUAAAAAUAAAAAUUCAAAUAUAAAUAAUA